AAGGUCACCAAUGUCUAAGCGAAGGUUGGAAGGAAAGGUGGCCCUUAUCACUGGUGCAGCUAGUGGGAUUGGUGAGGAGGCAGUGAGAUUAUUCACCGAGAAUGGGGCUUUUGUUGUUGUUGCUGAUGUUCAAGAUGAACUGGGUCAUCAAGUUGUUGCAUCAAUAGGUCCAGAGAGAGCAAGUUAUCACCAUUGUGAUGUAAGAGAUGAGAAGCAAGUUGAGGAAACAGUGAAUUAUACCUUAGAGAAAUAUGGUAGCUUAGAUGUCUUGUUUAGCAAUGCUGGAAUCAUUGGCCCCUUAACUGGCAUCCUAGACCUUGACAUCGAUGGUUUGGACAAUACCAUGGCUACAAAUGUUCGUGGAGUGGCUGCAACAAUUAAGCAUGCGGCACGUGUUAUGGUAGCUAGAAAUAUACGCGGAUCCAUCAUAUGCACCACAAGUGCAGCAGCCUCACUUGGAGGAACUGGUCCACAUGCUUAUACUGCAUCGAAACAUGCUCUUGUUGGCCUAGUCAAGUCGGCUUGUGGUGAGCUUGGUGCUUAUGGGAUUAGAGUAAAUUCAAUUUCCCCAUUUGGAGUUGCAACACCUCUUUCUUGUAGAGCUUAUAAUUUGGAACCAAGUCAGGUAGAAAGCAAUAGUUGUGCCUUGGCCAACUUGAAGGGUAUAGUGUUGAAGGCGCGGCAUGUUGCAGAGGCUGCUUUGUUUCUUGCUUCUGAUGAAUCAGCUUACAUCAGUGGCCAUAACUUGGCUGUGGAUGGAGGAUUCACGGUGGUUAAUCACAGUUUUUCAGCUAUCUAA